UCAGGAAGGCGUGUCCUGCCGCUUCCUGGUGAACUUUGAAACUGACAGCUCGGAGGCGCUUCGGGUUAUCGCUUUUCGGACUUUGUUGUGCUUUCUGUUGAUUUCACGUCGCCGUGAGCUCAGCCUUAUUUCUGUCAUGGCGCAAGACAAUCUGUCUGUGGUGCUGCACGCUAAAGGGGACCUCAGGCUGGAAAGUCGCCCUGUCCCGGAGCCAGGACCUAACGAGGUUUUGCUGCAGAUGCACUCUGUAGGAAUCUGUGGCUCAGAUGUGCACUACUGGCAGCAUGGCCGCAUUGGGGCGUUUGUGCUCACGAAACCCAUGGUGUUGGGGCAUGAGGCAGCAGGGAGAGUGGUGAAGGUUGGCUCUGGGGUCAAGCACCUUAAAGUAGGUGACAGAGUGGCCAUUGAGCCUGGCGUGCCCCGUGAGAUGGAUGAGUUCUUCAAAACUGGACGAUAUAACUUGUCUCCCACUAUCUUCUUCUGUGCCACACCCCCUGAUGAUGGAAACCUCUGUCGCUAUUACACGCACAGUGCCAGCUUCUGUUACAAGUUGCCUGAUAAUGUCACAUUUGAGGAGGGGGCGCUCAUUGAGCCUCUGUCUGUGGGGAUCCAUGCCUGCCAGAGGGCUGGUGUGACCCUCGGCAGCACUGUGUUUGUCUGUGGUGCAGGACCUAUCGGGUUGGUCUGUUUGCUUGUGGCCAAGGCAAUGGGGGCCUCGCAGGUUGUCAUAUCUGAUCUGUCAGAGGAGCGUUUGUCUAUGGCUAAAGAGCUGGGCGCAGACUUCCUGCUGACUGUCAAGAGUGGAGAUGGACCCCAGGAGUUGGCCAAGAGUGUGGCGGACAUGCUGGGGACUCGGCCUCACGUUACCAUUGAAUGCACUGGUGUUGAGAGCUGCAUCCAGACUGCCAUUUAUACAACACGUUCUGGAGGUGUGGUGGUGCUGGUGGGUCUUGGCUCAGAGAUGGCCACAGUUCCUCUGAUUAAUGCGGCUGUAAGAGAAGUAGACAUCAGAGGAGUCUUCCGCUACUGCAAUACCUGGCCAAUGGCGAUCGCUAUGUUGGCGUCAGGUAAAGUGAAUGUCAAGCCCCUUGUGACUCAUCGUUUCCCUCUGGAGCAGGCAGUUCAGGCCUUUGAGACCACGCGUCAGGGUCUUGGAAUAAAAGUGAUGUUAAAGUGCGACAAAGAUGACCAAAACCCCUGAACAGAUCAACUGAGCUCAGUAUGACUGGCACAAACUGGACAUUGACCUGAACAGAGCUAGUUCCAAAGGAAAAACCCUAAAACUGAUCACGCUGUGAACAAAGUGCCUGUAAGGCGCACAUGUAAUUAGCAUUAAUGGUACAUUUAACUAUUGCUUGGUGCCCAAUGGUUCUAAUACUAAAACUUGACUUAUUGUAUGUAAAUGUGCAGUUCCAUCUGUAAGUUAAAGAUUAAUUUAAAUACUGUAACAAUAAAAAAAAUCUUGCAAUAUUUGGUGUU